GUGAUUUCUCGCGUUAGGAACAUCAAUGGGAAACCUUUUAGUUUCUCAUUUGGGUACCAUACAUAUUUGUCCCUUUCCGACAUAAGUGAAGUGAGACUAGAAGGUUUGGAGACGCUGGACUGUCUUGACAACCUUUGCCAAAGAGAACGCUUCACAGAGCAAGGAGAUGCCCUGACAUUUGAAUCCGAGGUUGAUCGCGUUUAUCUUAGCUCUCCAAAUUGCAUUGCGGUUCUCGACCAUGAAAGGAAGAGAACAUACGUGAUAAGAAAAGAAGGUCUACCGGAUGUUGUUGUAUGGAAUCCGUGGGAGAAAAAAUCGAAAGCAAUGGCAGAUUUUGGAGACGAAGAGUACAAGCAGAUGCUUUGUGUCGAUGGCGCAGCAGUUGAGAAACCGAUCACCUUGAAGCCAGGAGAGGAAUGGACGGGGCGUUUGGAGCUUGCGGCUGUACCCUCGAGUUUUUGCAGUGACUGCUUUGAUCCCUAGCUCAAGUAAGAAAUUUGUAAAACCGCCCGGGUUUUUUAGUCUUUGAUUAGGUUGGAUAAUUAGAAAAACCUUCGAUGGAAUAGUGAAGCCUAUGUUUUUUUGUGAAAUGGCUGCUAUUUUCAGUUCGAACAGAAGAAAUUUCGGACAAAAAUUUGUUAUUUUCCCAGCAAUCACAUGGUUGGAUGGUUCCAGCUUUUUUAUUUUUUCGUUAAUGAUAGUUGAAAUUAUGUCUUGUUCCGAUUUAGUUGAAUUAAAUUCGAUCCUCCAAUUAAGCUCAUUUUGUCCGGUACAAGAACUAAACAACAAAUUAAUUCUUGUUAUCGACGAAUUAAAAUUAUCUAAGGUCACUACAUCUGGUUUGCUAAAGAAGAAAAUUAAUAGAAUACAGGGGAAGUCUUUGUACUUGCAAAUUGCCACCGAAUAUGCUGAACUCAAAUUCAACAC